GGUGAUAAGUAAGCACACGUGACACGUCACAGGGUUCAGCGCUCGGAAGCUUGAAGCCACUCAAACUCGACACUCCAACGCGCAGCGGGCAUGGCCAUAGGCGCAGCAGUUACCGGUAUGUGCACGCUCACUCCAACGCUCUCUUCGUUCAACCACCCCACGCGCCUCCUCUCACGCGCUACUUUCGCUGCGAAGCUUCGAUUUCCACUUCCAUUUCGAGCUUCUUCCACGGCCUUGCUCCACACCGACACCGAUCCAACAGAUUCCAUCGUAGUUGAAAAGGAAGAAAGCAAGAGUCGCCACUCGUUGGCUUGUCCCGUGUGUUACGAUUCCUUGACAUGGAACGCUGAUCCUGGUUUGUCCGUAGAUACUGUCCCUGGAUCUAGUUUUCAAUGUAGCACCUGUCAGAAAACAUAUGUUGGUAACCAAACGCAUCUUGAUCUCACCGCAACAGCUGGAGCCAAGAGCUACGGUGAACCCAUGCCAGCUUCCACAGAGCUUUUCAGGGUGCCAUUGAUAUCAUUUCUCUAUGAGAGAGGCUGGCGUCAAACCUUUUCUGCGUGGGGUGGUUUUCCAGGUCCUGAGAAAGAGUUUGAAAUGAUGAAGGGUUUCUUAAAGCCAGUAUUGGGUGGAAAUAUCAUUGAUGCUAGUUGUGCAAGUGGAUUAUUUUCAAGAUUAUUUGCAAAAAGUGGACUUUUUUCUUUUGUUGUUGCUCUAGACUACUCAGAGAACAUGUUGCGGCAAUGUUAUGAAUUCAUUCAGAAGGAAGAGAAUUUUCCAAAAGAGAACUUCAUCUUGGUUAGAGCAGACAUAUCUAGGCUCCCUUUUGUUUCCAGUUCCGUUGAUGCUGUACAUGCAGGUGCAGCUCUCCACUGUUGGCCUUCACCAUCAGCAGCUGUAGCUGAAAUAAGUCGUGUUUUACGACCUGGAGGCGUGUUUGUUGCAACCACCUACAUACUUGAUGGGCCUUUUUCUGUUAUCCCAUUUUUAAGUACAAUACGUCAGACUGUAAGGCAAGUGUCUGGGAGCUACAUCACUCUCUCUGAACGUGAACUUGAAGAUCUCUGCAGGGCGUGUGGGCUUGUUGGAUUUAAAUGCAUUAGAAAUGGGCUUUUUGUGAUGAUUUCUGCUACAAAACCCAGUUAAGGUUUGAGUUUCCUGGUGUUUUCUUUGCUGCCUUCUCAACACAUUUUGCUGAAGCCUUUAUUUCCUUACUUAAUUUUUUAAAUCGUUAGCAGAUGAAAAUGCUGCUUGUUGAUAUAUAUGUUAAAAUUUGUAGUUUGACUUUGUAUAUAAAGUAGGCUUCAUUCAGAGAGAUGAUAUUUCUAAAUUGCAUUACUUGUGUUUGGGGAGCUGGGAUGAUCACCUCCACGAAUGCAAAAUAUGAGUUGCAACAGAUGAUGAAAAGGUGUCCAAAUCAUAAUGAUAUGUGUAAAUAUCGUUUCUCUUUCAUUUGACA